GCAUCCUCCUCCCCUGUGUGCGUUUUCGGUGUCCCGCUGAGAGCGACUGGAGCUUCGCUACGCCGCGCCCGAGGAGAGGGAGAGAUACUCUCUUCGCUCCCAUGGCGAUGGCGUCGAUCUCGGCCUCGGAUGGGGCUCUCCUCCUCCUCCUCCUCGGCGUCCUCCUCCCGCUCCGCCUCCUCUCCCUCGGCCGCCGCCUCCUCCGCGGCGGCCACCGCCGCUUCUCCGGCGCGAUCCGAUCGGUCGCCGUCGUCGUCUCCGCCGCCGCCUUGCUCUCCGCCAUCUACGCCGUCUCCGAUCGCGGCGACGCCCCCGCGAGGACGGAUGCGGCGGCACCGGCGUCGGCGUCGGAGGUGGCGGAGAUGAGAUCGGAGAUCGCGGAUCUCAAGCGCCAAAUCAGUCGAUUGGAAUCUAUUUUGGCGGAAAGUACCACGUUGUUACAUUCCAAAACUGUUCAUGUAGAGGAAGACAGUAUUCUUAUUGAGGCAAUGGAACGUGAUAUCCAGUCUCUGAUAAAUGAACAGCAGAACACUAAGAAAUUGCUAGGUGAUUCAUCAUUUUCUCAAGAUAGUGUAAAAGCAAUGGAAGAAGAGGUGCGGCUUCUAAAGGAUCAAUCAAGAGCAAUUAGUUCCAAUAUCUAUAUCCUAGAGUCAUUAGCAAAUGAUGCAGAGAAAAGAUUGGAGGCGAUGUCUUCAGAAGUUAGAAAGAUGGAGAAUGUAAUUUCGGAGCAAUGGAUUCAAGUUCAACAGUUCGAGCAAGCAUUUCAGUUAACAAAGAUGAUGACAUCAAAGGUUCAUAAGAGAAGUAUGCCUAAAGAGGGGACAGACAACAAAUGGCUUAGCAAGUACUCCAUAACAAAGGUUAUACAGUUUGUUACGGACAACCCCCUCCGAUAUAUUCCAGAUGUUGGCUUGCUUGAUUCCUUAUUUCUGGCGGGUUCAUUGUCAAAGUCCUGGACAUUUCAAGCUUAUGAUCAGUUCCAAAGUAUCUUGUCAAUACUUCAUAAAUGUCAUCAUGAGGUGAGACAGUUUGCUAAGGGCCUUCAUCUCCGAUAUAUUCCAGAUGUUGAUCUGCCUGAUUCCUUAUUUUUGGGGGGUUCAUUGUCGAAGUCCUUGAUUUCUCAGGCUAAUAAUCAAUUCCGAAGAAUUAUGUUGGUAGCCCAAAAAUGUCAUCAAAAGGUCCAAGAGCUUGUGAGAAAUACUGUGGGGCUGAACCAAUAUACUGCAGCUUUGGCUAACGAGUCGACAUAUUUCUUCCUGGCAUAUAUUAUUAUGGCCCUUCAGUUAUGGCUUCUUUGGAUGCUCCUGGCCAAUUAAAGGAGCGGCUGAAGUAAAUUUUCUUUCAGGGGGUUUGAGUAUUACCUUCUAAUUCUUAGUUGUACAGGUUGUACUGCAGAUUUAGUAUCUUGUAAAUGUUUGGAACAAAAGGAAUUUCUUAAUUUUUACCCUCGGGAGCUUAUUUAUGUCUUAUUCAGCAUCUAGUAUGUUACAAAUAUAUUUAUUUAUAAAUUAAAGGACUAAAUCAUGCCUUUGCAGACAUCUGCGUGCUUAA